CUGAGUCCUCCGCAUCAUGAGAUGACUCUCCAGGCAAUGGGAAGCUCCUAAUGUAACAUGGCAGUUCUUUACGAUUACAUCCGAGUGUUAGGAGUGUUUUUUAGCCAGCCGGGAGGUAUACUGUCCCGCUGUUGUUAUUCAAACGACAACUCUCCCCGCAGCCAGGAGGAUACCGGAGUUCACUAAAGUGGUCUCGUCGACUUGUUGGAAGCUUACGUUUUGUUUUUGAUCUUUCCGAAUAUCUUGAGUUUCAUUAUGGCUCUGUCUCAAAUUCAGUGCCUGGACGAUAACCACGUGAACCCGCGGACAAACGAGUCUAAGCCGGACUUCUUGUACAGCGAGGACCAGAGGCUCGCCCUGGAGGUUUUGCUCCGCGAAGGUCGCGAAGCGUUCCUCAAGUUCGUGGAGGAACGCCAAAUGCGGAGCUUCCUUUCGGACCUGGAGCAGGAAACUCUCACGAAGACGGUGGAACCGUAUGACCCCGGUUCGGAGCUCUUCCCGGAGGAUGCCGAUGAAAACGAGCCCCCGCUGUCGGUGCACUACUGGCCGGAGUUGUCGGACAUGUCCAUCCCCCAGAUGGACUUGGGCUGGCCGCACACUGAUGCUUACCGCGGGGUGACGCGCACCACCGUGUACACGCAACCGCCGCUGGAAGGGCAGACCCACAUCAAGGAGAUUGUCCGAAGGAUGAUCGCUCACGCGCAAAAGGUGAUUGCUGUCGUAAUGGAUGUCUUCACCGAUGUGGACAUCUUCAGAGAUUUGCUCGAUGCCGGUUUUCGGAGGAAGGUUGCUAUCUACAUCCUGUUGGAGAGCACGUCAUUACCUCAUUUCCUGUCAAUGUGUCAGCGGGCUAGCAUGCACGCAGGACAUCUCAAGCACCUUCGGGUACGCUGCACAGAGGGAACGGAGUUCUACACUCGUUCCUGCACCAAGGUGAAAGGUCGACUGGGACACAGAUUCAUGUUCAUCGAUGGAGACAAAGCCGUGUCCGGGUCUUUUAGUUUCACCUGGAUGUCCUCACGACUGGAUAAAAAUCUUGUCACCGUGGUUACCGGGCAGGCAGUGGAGGCCUUUGAUCAUCUCUUUCGCCACCUUUACAUGAGCUCGACAUUUGUUGAUCUGCAACAAGUCACCAUGGAACCCGAGCCUGAGCGCGACCCCCUUCCGCAGCUCGCCCCCGUAGUCCUUCCUUCUGCGACUAUAACAAGGAAACUGUACAACCCCAAGUACGCCUUACUUAUUGGAGAGAGUGCUAACUCUACCUCUGCUGAACAAGACACCCCCAAAGACUCCCAGACACCGGAGGUCCCAGAUAGUAAGAAGAGAAAGCGAGGAAGAGGAAGUAAAGAACCUGUGCCAGAAGAGGACUGCACCCAUCCUGGACUGAUCAAUCUAGAGAAAGCAAACUUGAUCCCUUACUUGCCCACCUGGCCGGAACCCGACCCUCCCAGUGAUGUCAUUGGUUUCAUAAACAUCAUGGAUACGAGCAAGCCGACUCAAGUGCAUCUGCAACGCUCCGAGAGGUUUGAAACCAGUCAAGCCAUUCGGUUCACAAACCCUCUGACCGCGCCGAAAGAACCCCCGCCAGAGGUUGCAAAGCCGAAAGAGAUUAGUUCUGCGAUUGAGGACAAGACAAAUCCUUCACCAUCACAAGAUCGGAUCAAGCCUCCAGAGUCUAUCUAUGACAGGUUGCAGCGAGUGGACUCCCCCAAUACAAAAGCUGAGAAAGUUGAGCAACACUCGGUCACCUCUAGAUUUGAGCAGACUAUUCACACAGUCUCACCAAUGGGUCAAAAUGAAGGUCAGAUCACAAAACGCAUGUCGCCCUUGUCCGGCAACAUAGAGCACAUGAGUCGAAGCGGCACCGGUAAUCUCGAGCACGCCUCGGAACAAAAGCCCAGAAUAGCACCACAAACGGAGACGAGUUCAUCUCCUGCUAAACAAGUCUCUAACCUGCCAAGUACCGGUGACUCAAACCUGGGAACAGAAUGCACCGAAACGAAAACAACACCGCAUCUCACGCGAGCUAAUCAUACACAGCCAUGUAGCACCUCUAAAAGUUCCCCGGAUAGUCACACUCUUGACACCUCCCACCUUUCCUCUUCCUCACCUUCAAGCCCAAAUCAUCCAACUCUGCAACCUCACACUGUCCAUUCAGCCACCAAAGACAGGAGCAUCACUAAUGGCCUGGGCACGCCAAAUAUGAGCACUCAUAAGAAGUUGAACAGCCCGACGGCAGAUAGAGUCACCAGCCACAAGUCCACUGGGGAAAACACGCACGACACUAUCAACAGAAAAACGGGAGUGCAGAAAGAUGACAGAACGAGUGACGCCCUCCAGAAAAAUCAACAGAAUAAACAAAAGGAAAGCACUGCAGACAGUCAAAAUAAUAAAUUAGUUGGACUACAUGAUGGAAAGGGAGGAACUCCGGGGGGCUCCGGGAACACAAAACAAAUCCAGUCGGAUGCCUCGGCAACUUCAGCACCGAAUAGAGACGGCGUGAAUACACAAGAAAACACUUCAGGUGACAUCAAAACUGUGAGGCCAGUCGACUGUGACGGAAGUUCAAAACCACAGGACGACCUUGUCAAGACUGAAAGCAAGUCUACGUCGAGACAGCUCACUGAUCCUAAAUCUCCCCAAACCCCAAAUGAAACCCAAUCGGAAAUGAAAACGUACCACAUCAAAGAAAACAAACCACAAAGAAUCACUUACGGUCAAAGUUCCCCAUUGACUAUGUGGGAGCGAAUUCAAGCUGCUACGGUCGGGCUGCCGGUCGAUGGCGUAGAUGACACAUCGGCGAAACCCGGUGAGAGUACCACAAAUUCGCCAAAGAAGAACACCCGAAGAGUCUCACAAGACGGCCCGCAAUCUCCAAAAGAAAAAACAGUCGCUCGCCAACCAGAGAAAGCUGUCCAAUCAGCAGAGAGACAAUUGCGGUCAACCGCGUCUGGCAGACGCACUUCUGACGACUUCCCUCCAAGUUUACCUCCACCCGCGCUCUCUCCGGACCUUCGAACGCCUACGUCAGACAUAAGUGACGGCUAUCGCUCAAGAGAAGACUCCAAUCGCUCCACAACCUCGGAGGACCAUGUCGAAUCCUGCGGCUCGCCAAGCAAAGAGCAAGUCAUUGAAAGAGUGACCCACUCCGGUCACAGUACAGCAGAUCAGCAGAAUCCCGAGGACGAUCAAAGCAAUAAAUCUAAUAAGGAUGCCACUAGUCCUAUAUUCAUAGACUACAGUGCGUACGUUGCUUUGUUUGACAACAAAAACAAGCACACCUCAAGCAAAGAAAGCCAGGGGCUUGAGAGGAAAGUGAAAAUGAGGGAUAAGGAGGAUGUGAAAAGUAAAGACGGUGGAAUCCGAAAGACAUUCAAUCGAGAUUCCAAAGGGAAAGAGGGGCGAAACGGGAACGAGGAAUCAAAACCCAAACCGUUUGAGAAAGAAAAGGAGACCUCGAAUCAAGCUCUCCUGAGAAAGUCACGAACUCAGAGGGCAACGGGUUCCGGUAACGCGGAGAACAGAGAUGGCUCAGCCAGAGAGGUUGCUGGUCAGAAGAGGUCCAGCCGGCGGGGCCGGCGCCUCGGCCAGAGAGGCCGCUCGGAGCGCGCCUUCGUCGGACUCGCACGUGCGGGCGAGUGCACAGAAGUGGACUCAGAAAAAAUUGGGAGCACCGGAGCUACAAGAGGCAAGGUAGCUGAUCAUAGGGCCUCUUCCCCGGAUAUGCUUGUCGGGCAUUCCACUGGCUGCUGGAGAAAGUGGGCGUGUGUUUAGUCUGCAGGGGUGGCAUGUGGGAUCGCUCCCUCAAUUUUAUACGGAUAAAAUUCAUGAUUACGUAUAAAAUUGAGGACCCGGUCGUUUUCUUGGAGUGGGCGGAGCUAGUGCUUAAAUAGUAGGAAUGAACAGGAAUGCUCAGAGUUGGGUGAAUGAAGGAAAAAUACCACUGUAGUGGUCUGUUUGGUGAGGAAUUUGUAUUUGAAUAUGGCUUGAAGCUAAAAAA